GACCAGACCAGAGUAGCCGAGCGCAGAACUCCCCUCCCUUGUGUAUAUAUUUUUAAUACUUAGAGAGGCAAAAACUGUCAACCAUAUCCAAAGUGUAGGACCAAAGAUAAGUAAAUAAUGUAUGCCUUUGUGAGGUUCUUGGAUGAAGACAUGUGCUACGCAUUACCCAUUUCAAAUGUGAAAGACUUCAGACCCCUGCACAAAACAGAUUUUGAUAAUCAGAAGGUGUAUCUGGUUCACAGAACUGAAGAGAAUGACAGCACAGGCCAGCCGUGCGAAGCACAGAUCCUUGCGCUCGCAGAGACUGUAGAGGAAUUUGAAGACAGUAUAAUGCAAAAGAAGAUGAAAAUUCCCAAGAUGUCUAUCAAAUAUUCAGGAAAUUCAAUUGAGAACCAUUUUGAAGAGGACAGGCUGCCUCUGAGACAUAAAAAGGCCUCGCCCCAGGACCACGGCCGCCCUACCUCGACCUCCUCAAAGAGCCUGGCGGCAGUGGUGGCACGGCUGGAGAGGAACGCCGCCAGCUCCUGCACGGAGGGCGAGGACUAUCUGGAGGAAGACCGGCUCAUGGAAGAGGAGGAGGACGGGUAUUACGAAGAUGAAGACACGGAAGGGGAGCAACAGCAUCUCCAUCAGCACCACCAUCACCACCACCACCACCAGCGACAGCCACAGCAGCAGCAGCAGCAGCAGCAGCAGUUCCCAGGAGAGGAACAUCCAGAGGAGCUGGACCAGCGGCGGCAGCACGAUGCGGAGACGGACUGCGGGUCAGAGGAGUCGUUGGCGGCGGCGGCGGGCGCAGUGCCCCGGGUGCUGUACGAGGAGCUAGUGCACAGCUACAGGCAGCAGGAGGAGGAGAUGAGGAGGCUGCAGCAGGAGCUGGAGCGCACGCGGAGGCAGCUGGUGCAGCAGGCCAAGAAGCUGAAGGAGUACGGUAGCCUGCUGACGGAGGUCAAGGAGCUGAGGGACUUCAACAGGCGGCUGCAGGACGUGCUUCUCAUGCGGCUGGGCAGCGAGCCCAUGCACGACAAUGGCACUCAGACAAUGAAGGCGGAGGCGGUGGAGCCCAUUGUAGAGGUCCAGGAGAUGAGCAGGGAAGAAGCCAACACCAGCUCCAGCCACUCGCCGUCUCCGCGGGCGGUGUACACCUGCAACGACGGCAAGGUCCAUCUAGGAGGGGGCAUCUGGGUGGAGGAGGAGAAGUGGCACCAGCUCCAGCGCACCCAGGGAGACUCCAAGUUCACCAAGAACCUGGCGGUGAUGAUCUGGGGCACGGAGACCCUGAAGAACCGCAGCGUCACCGGCGUGGCCACCAAGAAGAAGAAGGACGCGCUGCCCAAACCCCCGCUCUCACCCAGCAAGUUAAAGAUAGUCCGAGAGUGUCUGUACGACCGCGUGUCCCAGGAGACGGCGGACAGCGCCGAGAUCACGCAGAGACUCUCCAAGGUGAACAAGUACAUCUGCGAGAAGAUCAUGGACAUCAACAAGUCCAUCAAGAACGAGGAGCGCCGCGAGUCCAAGCUGCUCAUCAGGCAGACGGUCAAGAUGGAGAACUACGCCUACGACGCCAUGUAGCGUCCCUCUCUCUCCCUCUCUCUAACUCCCUCCCUCUCUCUCUCUCUCCCUCUCCCUCUCUCUCUCUCUCUCUCUCUCUCUCCCUCUCUCUCUCUCUCUCUCUCUCUCUCUCUCUCUCUCUCUCUCUCUCUCUCUCUCUCUCUCUCUCUCUCUCUCUCUCUCUCUCUCUCUCUCUCUCUCUCUCUCUCUCUCUCUCUCUCUCUCUCUCUCUCUCUCUCUCUCUCUCUCUCUCUCUCUCUCUGUGGGCCGCGGUGUGAAGACGACGGGGCGGGUUGUAGGUGGUGGGGACCAGGGAAGGGUGGGGGUCGUUCUCUGUGACAUGAGCAGCAUUCCUAUUUUUUUUUUUGCUUUUUUUUUUUUUUCUAACUGGUAUUAUUUAUUUAUUUUAGUAACCGUGGCCCUCCUUCAGCAUCCCCUAUUGGCCCCUAGGAGUUUGCAGACGGCUUCACCCGCCAAUCAGCUCGGUGGACCGUGUGACCGCGCUAAGCGCCUAGGAACAGUGGUGUGAAUAUUUUAUAACUGUUAAGAGUUUGGGGUCUUCAGAUUUUGGUCUCCGUUUGUUUUCUGAAACGGCGUUUGUGUGCGACGCUAGGCGGAUUUUGUAGGGCGUGAUUGGGCAGGUAGAGAGUCACUCAGUGUCAGAACAGGGUCUUGCAGUUUUCGAGGAAUGAGGCGUUUCCCCUCUCUGUGAGUUGCUUAUGAGCGGUUGCGGUAUAUGAAUACGGUAUAUUGUGUGUGUGCGUGUGCGUUUGCGCGCGCGCGCGUGUGCGUUGAAUGAGAAGUUAGCCAUUUGUGGGGAUCACCGUUCCAUGGUGAUUGCUGAGGAUUUCCGUGUGUUUGAUGGACAGUGGUGUGAAAUACCGGUGAAGAAUAUCUAGAAGCACUUUGACUACAGGGUCUUAAUUACUGAAUAAGCCAAUGGGGAAGGUGGAUAUUGUGUAGCCCAAUAGAUUUAUUAAUGAGGUCAUUCGUGAGAGGGGAAUUCAGAUUGAGAUAAAUCCCGUUUCGGAGGCAGUUGUUGUGAAGCAACGUUUCAUGUUUCUGUUGCUUUGACGUAACUACAAAACCAGUCUGCUGUUAGCCCUGCUCCAAACAGUUCUCCGAAAAAUGUGAGCUAGUUUUAAAUCACUUAAGUUUUUAGUUAUCUUUGUUCAGAACAGAUGCUGUGAUUGCCUAAUGGAUUAUUAUUUUUUUAUGUGGGGUUGGGGGUUGGGUGGUGCAUACGACAAGCAUAUUAACGCCAGGAAUCGCCUUACAAUAGAUUUAUAAUAGAUUGGUGAUCACCGCCGGGAUGGCCCUAGUGCAUCCCCGGACCUCGAGUAAGCUGUGAUAGUGUAUAGCGAGUGGCGCAGGUCACCCUCCCGGUGGCAGGUCCCCGCAUCUCCUAGCCAGGGUGAAGAGCCAGGGUGGGCCGGCUCUGCAGAGCGACAGGCCCCUAGUUUAACAGCGGCGGUGCGGUCGCGCGAGGCGCUGGAUGAAGGCAGUAUUAGAGGCGGGUGAUGCGGUCUGUGAAGCCUUCCUGUACCGAUGGAAGGGGUUUGUUUUGGGCCCUCUUCAACCCCCUCCCCCCUCCCCCCCAUCCUCUUCUAUUCCCAGACCCUUCCAAAGGGACAGGCAGACGUUGCCCUUGUGAUAACUUCCUUUAAGCCAUACCAUCAGAACUUUGGAAAUGUCUCCCCCUUUUUUGGUUUUCUUUUUCUUUUUUCCCGUUGAGUCAUUUAGUGUCGGGUCGCUGUUUGUUUUUCCUCUACUCCUCCCUUGUUUGUUUGUGUCCAGAUUCCUGAAUGGUUUGUGUGGCUGUUUGCCCGCUGGAACUAAACGCUGCAGAUGGAAAUCUCUACUGUGACCUAAGGUGGCUAACUGUGAAUCUGCUGCGGAGAUGCCCGUCAAGCCUUUCUCUGUUUGUCUUAUUUUCUCUCCUUCUCGUUCUCUCUCUCUCUCACUCUGUCGCUCUCUCUCUCUGUAUCUUUCUCUCUGUCUUUAAGAGUUUUUUGUUUGUUUGCAGUUUGGUUCAGUUUGUCGAUGUAUGGGACGUUUUUAAUCAGACUUUUUUUUUUUGUUAGGCUUACCAUAUUUCGGUGACAUUUUAGUGUACAUAAAAUUUAAUUUUUAUAAAGUUUAUAUUUUCGGUGUCUAGUUCCGUCGCCUUUAACCCACGGCAUCAGCAGUUUUAUUUUGGCCGGUUAUAUCAAAGUGACGUUUUUAUUUGAUUUGAGGAUAUCUGUCAGGAGAAUCGUUUGGCUUUCAGCUUCUUAUUGUGUCCAAACGGUGGUGUGUUGGCGUUGACACGCAGACGAGGGAUCAAAGAAAAGUGUUAUUCCCUCUCAAAGCUGUGACGUGCUCUGUGUUGAACACAGACGAGGCUGCCUCCUAGCAUAUGAAACUGAGUGAUUAGAAAUGUAUAAUGCAUUGAUCUUGGGUUGUGAUGUGAUACGCUCAACGGGUGACGGAUAGGUCUUCCCCUUAAAUUCCCCUGACAGUCCACUUCGGUAAAAAACUAGAUGAGGAUCUAUCGUAGGGUUCGAGCUUUGCGCUACUUGGGUCGAGAUGCAGUAGACGGCUAGCACGAUCCAAAUCAUUUACAUUGAAUGCACUUUAAACCCUGGUACAAUUCAACAAUCUUAAAAGAGUUGUAACUGUGUAAUUGUCCAAAAUGACAUAUUAUUGUAUCAUUUCUUUCCUUUUUAUUUGUUCUAUCUUUAUAGAAUUGUAAGGCCCAGCGAUCGUUGUGUAAUUAAGAAGCACCUUAGGACCUGUUGGUUCGGGAUUGUUGUUGAGCGUGAAUGGGAAAUUGUGAGAAAUAGCUUUUCGCUCAGUGAGACCGGCUGUCUGCCCUCGCAGGACAAGACGUCCCAGACGUCAAGUCUGGCGGGCAAGGCGUGUCAGAAGGGAACUAGAUUCCUGAACCUUAACAGACUCUCCCCUGACCUGAGUCGAUUUAUUCGCUGGUGUUGUUGUAGUUUUACCGGCAAGCGGGUUUAUAGGGCCCGAAACAUUCUCGAUGUACCACCUGAUAAUUAGAUAGCCCGAUCUAAGGUCUUCAGCGAUGUAAUAUUUACAUUGACUGAAUAGUGUGCUUAUGUACCGUGUAAAGAUGCUAGGUGAGGAAUGACAGAGGUUUGUACAGAUAAUGGAGUAUUUUUUACAAGUGAGUGGUUCUAAAGCCAAAGUGUUGAGAGGUGAAUGGGAUAAAGGUAACAAUGAGGUGACUGACUGAGGAAUCAGCCAGAUUUUUUGCACAAGACUGGCCCUUGCCAAUGUUUUAGCGCUAAACAAAUCUUAAUCCACCACAAAGGUGUCAUAUUAGAUCUAUAAUGUAUAUCUAUAUCUAUAUAUAUGGUUUGAUUUCAGAUCUCUCCCUUUCAUGGUGUAUGUACAAAGUAUCAGCAUGUAUAACUAAUACUUGCAGCUAAAAUAGUGUAUUUAAACAAAACGUUUUCUGCUGUGUUAAGACAAACCUUGCUGAGAUUCUGUAACGCUGUUGUCACUUUGGUUUUGAUUUUCUGUUGCCAAAAAAAAGGGUUGGUAGUUUGUAAACAGUGCUCAAGAUAGCUAUAACAGCCACUGUCAUGUUGAGUUGUUUAUCAAAGGUUGGAUUCCUGCGGUUGGAUUCCGACCACCGGUAGUAAUCCUUUAACCGAAAAACAUCUCUGGCAGAUCAAAUCUGCGUCAAUGUUUUUUUUUUAUUUCUUUGUGUUUCUUUUUUUCUUUUUAUUUAUUACCCAUAUUUAGCCUUAUCUGCAACUGUGAGGCCAGACCCUGUCUCUUGUAGCAAGGCCCAUGUCGAGGACAAUCUGGGCUCAGGCAGCACAUGAGCAACACACACGUCGACAGCGGCGAGAGCUUACAGCAUCCACGCUGCCAUCCAGCACCAUCACAGACCAGGGCAGGGGGGGGGGGGGGUAUGACCAUCAACAGCCGGGGUCACCACAACGAGAGACAACCUGCCCCCCCAUCACACCACCGCUCUAUCCAAGGGGGGGGGGGGACGUUAGAAUAAUAUAAAGAAUUCCGAAAUGUACAAAAUGCGCACUGUGGAACUUUCUGUGUUCAGGCUUAUCUUGUGAAAUCCUGUCUUGUCUAAUCUGCACAAGCAAAGCAGCUUUGUGAUAUUAGUUUUUAUUUAGGGGGGUCGUUGUUUGACAGGUUGAUGUUGUAGAUAUCAGUCUUAGCUAGAAUCUCCCGACAGGGCUCUGUGUCGCAUCGCCUGCCUGCGCCGAAGACUGGUCGUGGUUUUCGACGCGAGACGCCGUGUCAGACUUACCUGAGAUUGAUAAAAUGUGCCCCUGUGUUUUUAUUUCGUUUUUUUUGGUUUCUUUUUACCCCUUGCACCCGUACUUCGACAAAAGUUGUGCGGCAAACGUUGUAUACAAUCCACAAAACCGGUUCUACUUCAUCUUGCUUUUACCGUCCUACCUCAUUGCUACUCUGGUGUCCGUUCGUCCGUGACUGUAAAACAAAUAUACGUGUAUUUAACAAAAGAAAGAAAAAAAAAAAAAACACAAAAAAAUGAAAGACGCUCAUGCAACAGUUAUACCUGAUUAUCCUCUUCUUAACAUGUACAGUAUAUGAAACUUCUCAAAACACCUCAGUACUCUGGAGAGUCUUGGCGUACUCCGAGGGGGACGGGUCAGUUUUAAUACGCGCUGCUGUAAUUGGUUGUCUGCGUGGGGACGGGGUGUCCUCUAGGUGUCUAUCUCCGCUCUUUUUUGCUCUGUUGGUGGGCGUGUCUGUCUGUGUUCCGCUUUUGAGAUUUUUCAACUGGUCGACGGUGCUACCAGCAUACAGGUUUUCUAACCGAUCUGUCUAUCGGACCUCAAAUGGUGCUAUGUUUUUUCUAUGUUUUUAUCGGCAUAAAUACAGCUCUGUUACUAAUGUGUGUGAAUUGCCCGUAUCUUGUCAGUUAAUCAAGCUUAUGAAAUGUUAAGCCAAAAUUAUAUAAUCACUUUAAUGUGUGUAUAUAUAUAUAUAUAUAUUUAUGUAUCUAGAUAUAUCUAUAUAAAUACUUAUAUAUCUAUAUACAUAUAUAUUUAUCCAUAUAUAGAUAUUUAUAAAAUAAAUACAUAUAUUUACAUAUAUAUAUUUAUUUCUAAUUAUAUAUUUAUAUUAUAUAUACAUAUAUUAAUAUGUGUAUAUAUAUGUAAUAUAUAUAUAUAUAUAUACAUACAUUUAAAAAAAUACUCUUACAAUCUGUCUACUAUCCAUCCAAAUAUUGGUCAUGCAAUACUUUUCCUGGACUCAAACGUGCAGGAGAUUCCAGUACCUCAAAAUGGAUUCAUCAGCAUCUACAUAUUUCCUAACUGUUUACUUAUUAAACUUUAUUGCAGGUAUGACAAAUAUGCAUUUCUAUAUAACUAGAUCAGGCUACACUCGAUACAAACAGGACUAGUCCACACUCAGAUGGCAAUUCCAUGAACAAGAAUGUGAUUUCACUGGUUGCAUGCUUCAUUCUCCCCAAACAAAUUAUACUCAUUUUUCAUCCACGGCUUUGGAUCUCUGCAAAAUGUAUUCUACUCGGGUCAGAAUAGCUUCAUAAGACUUGGUUUCACAGAACAUGGUUUUACAUAGUUUCAUAGUGUUUAUGUCCAGCUAUAACAAGUGAGGUGAUGGGAGUUUAGGAAUGUACGUAGUGUCCGUACCAAAGAGGAUCCUACUUGACAAAGAUUCAACUGUACUAUUGUGCUGUUUGUUUAGAAUAGGUUUUGUACGACGGUGAGAACUUGAGUGGAAAGACCAUGAAUUAUUGACCUGAGGGCAAUUCUUAUCAAUCAGAAGCGCUGUUGCAGGAUUGCCAAUCACCCACUGUUUUUCCCUUUUUGCUGCUGAAUCUAAAGAAAAUAAUUGUCAGAUAUGAAUAUAUCUAAGUCUAUAUAAGUAAAUAUGAUUAUUAUUUAAAUAUAUGUAUCCACCAAGCGCUUUUCUCAUUGACAAACGACUGUGAACCUGAUCUUUGCUUUUCUAGGCGCAGCGCAGAACAGCUUUACAGCGUCACAAGGCUUUAGGGUGAUUAUAUUUCACUUGCUGGGUGUGCAUCUCAUUCCUCUCACACUGGCCAGUGACAUCAAUGUAAUCCACCAAGAUGUUGAGCUCCAUCAGAGCACCAAAAGUAUUUGAAGUAUGUCGCUCUUUUUUGUAGUCCUCCUGUUAGUUGUACUAUCGUAUAUGUGUGUUUGCGUGUGUGUAUCUUAUUUCUCUGUGACCAUGAAGAUUAACAGGCAUAUCCCUCUCUACUGUGAUUCAGGUGUUGUUUAUGUGGGAUGUAAGGUUGGGUUGGUAGAAAAGACUCUGCCUCUGUCAAACCGAAUUUCCACACACAAUUUCGGUCGGUUGUAUUGUGUGCAUAUUUUGACUUGGAGACUUUCCACUGCCUCUACUUACUGUACACUGGAGCUAACCAUUCAUCCGCAGAGAAGGGGAAUAUGCUUGUGAACCUUGAGUGGAAAGAGUCAAAUUUAGAAUCUGCGCUGAACAUAGCUACCCUGUUAUAAUUUUGUAGAAGUCAAAAGAAAGCAAACAUACAAAGAUGUGUUUGAGCUGUAUAUGUUUAUGUAAUGGAUCUCUUCUCUACCUAUGAUCAGGUAAUUACAGUAAGGUCUUUACCAAGUUGGAACAAACGCAGUGUUGAUUAGGUUUGAGAAGAAAUGGAUCUUAUCCCAUGUGAGGCCUGUUGUCAAGGCCUCAACGUUAUGAGACGCUGUUAAAAUGUCCAUGGCCCCAUCCCAACUCCCUUAAAGACUUGCUCCACAUUCACACAAAAUGUAAGCAGUAUUGGAUCAAGCGUGUAUAUGUCUUUGUUAAACCUGUAACACCUCUGCUACGCGAGCGACUCUUUUUGCGCUAAGCAUCCUGUUGUUUUUGUGUUCCUCUUGCUGCAGUCAGGUACACUUGUUCAAUGUACAGAUCAAAUAAAUAAAUACAGACUUUUAUUCUAUCA